AUGCCACUCCACUUACUAGGGAAGAAGUCGUGGAACGUUUACAAUGCCGACAACAUCGCCCGUGUUCGUCGCGACGAAGCCGCCGCAAAAGCCGCCGAAGAAGCUGAGGAGCAGCGCAUGCAAGAGAUAGAUGCACAACGGCGCUUAGCUAUUCUUCGAGGCGAAGUACCACCGCCGAUUGAAGACGAUGAACCACCGAAAGAUGAGGAGCCUCCCGUUCGUGAUCGCGAUGCGUCGCAAAGGAUGAGCACGCGACGAAAACGAAAACAGCCAGGCGAGGAUGAUACCGACUUUGAGAUGCGAAUCGCUAGAGAAAAUGAAAACUCGGCACUUGUAAGAAUAGAGCCUGAGAAGAAGAGCACAAGCUCUGCGCCCCUUGUGGAUCACAAUGGACAUAUUGAUCUUCUGGGUGAUGAGAAGUCCAGAGCUCACGCCGAGAAGAAUGAAGAGGCUGAAAAGGAAGCCAAGAAGAAAAAGCAGAGCUACGAGGAUCAGUACACAAUGCGCUUCUCGAAUGCUACAGGAAAAGAUGGCGCUCUUAAACCUUGGUACUCUCAAUCUGAUGCUGCAGCCCCUGAUGCCUCGUCAAAAGAUGUAUGGGGAAACCAGGAUCCGAAUCGCAAAGAACGAGAUGCCAAGCGCAUAGCAUCUAACGACCCUCUCGCUAUGAUGAAAAAGGGAGCUUCCAAAGUUCGAGAGAUCAAACAGGAGAGGAAGCGUUUCCAAGAAGAAAGAGAAGAAGAGCUGAAGCAGAUGCGUCGUGAUGAACGCCAUCGAGUCGCGAUCGUGACGAGGAAAGGUCUCCCAAUCGACAUGAACGGAGACACAGAUCAAAAGAAGGAAGACAUGGCGAUAGUGGCCAUUCUGACUCACGAAUUCGAAGGCAUGAGCGUCACGAUAGAGAUGGGUCAAGGCAGGAGAGAAGACACUACGAGGGGAGUGAAGAUCGAAAAGAGAGGCCACGGAGAGACGAUGAGUUUCAAAAAAGAGACUGGCGAUCCUUAG